AGUCGAAGGAACCAAAAAGCCGUCAACGUAAAUCCCUCUGCCUAUAUAAACACACUAAAAGCCCACUUCUCUCCCCCGUUCACCUUUUCGCUUUCACUAAGUACACUUGGCCCCCCUCGAGAUCAAACCCUAGAUAGGACCCGCACAUUUGCUCUCAGGAGGCCUUGGGGACCAAAUCGGAGCUCCAAACUUCGCUCUCACUCUCUCUAAUUUCAGGUUAUAGCUAUUACCAUGGAUCCUGCUGCUGUUGCUCCUGUUGUUGACCCACCCGUUGUUGGGAGAGCAUUUGUGAUGCAGUACUACGAGAUUCUGCAUAAGCAUCCUCAGCAUCUGCACCGCUUCUAUCAUGAGAUCAGUAAGGUUGGUCGUGUGGGACAGGACGGUGUCAUGCGUGACUUUUACACCUUGGAUGGUAUACGUGAGGAGCUUGACACACUGUCUUUUGGAAAUUUCGUAUCCGCUAAGAUAACCAGUUAUCAUACCCAAGAGUCUCACAACGGGGGUUUUGUCGUUUUGGUCACUGGCUGGUUCACUCUAAAAGAUGCGCUUAAAAGGAAAUUCACACAGACCUUUUUUCUUGCUCCCCAAGAAAAUGGGUACUUUGUUCUGAAUGACAUCCUCAGAUUUGACAAUGGACCCGAGGCCCUUGAUGGGGAUGGCUCUCUAACACCCUGUCCUGUUGCUGCUCCUACCGGAGGCACUCAGGGUUCUGAGCAAGCUGCAUUUGCUUCGGUGGAUUCUGUUUGUAAGGAAGUGUCUAAGCCCUUGAAUAGCAACAAUGCUUCAGUUGCUAAGGAGAGUAUUGUGGUACCUGACUCUGUCAAUGAAGAAGUUCCGCAUACUGAGAAAAAUUACAAAGAAGUUGCAGGUGACCCCAUGAAAGUUUCUGACCCAGAUAAUGAACAAGGAAAUGUUUCCAAGAAGAAAUCUUAUGCCUCCGUGGUUGCAAAGGAUAAAUCUGGAGUCUUAGCUGGCUCGUCACUGUCUCCAAAGCAGACACCUAAAGACCAGGAACAUCAAGUGACUUCAGAUGUUUCUACAGAGCAGAAAGUCCAAGAUCAAGGCCAUCAAGUGUCUUCAGAUCUUUCUCCAGUCGAAAAAUAUGAUGCAGUUUUUGAGGCUGUUGACGAUACAGAAUAUGGUCAUAAUCAGGGGUUUGACGCAGUAGCUGAGGGCACAUCUAUCUAUGUGAAACAUCUUCCUGGAAAUGCCACCAUUGACAUGCUUGAGACUGAAUUCAAGAAAUUUGGAGCUAUUGGCAAUGGUGGCGUUCAAGUUGUAAGCCAAAAGGGCUUUGGUUAUCCUUUCGGGUUUGUUGAGUUCAAAGACGCAGAUGCCGCCCAGAAAGCAAUAGAGGCUUCACCUCUGAUGAUCGGUGGACAAAAAGCUUUCGUGGAAGAGAAGCGAUCUACAGCAAGAGGUAGCAGGGGAAGGGGAUAUGGAAAUAGGAAUAUGGAAGGAAGUGGUGGAAAUGAAUACGGAAACAGAGAUGUGACAGGAGAUGGCGGAAACGGAUAUGGAAUAAGGAAUGAGGGAGGAAGGGGUGGAGGAGGACGUUAUGGACAUGGGAACUAUUACAAUAGGGGAAGAAGAGGAGGAGGAAGGUCUUUUAAUCGCAGAGGCGGCUAUGAAUACGUCGCCAGCAACAACUCUUACUAAACCGGAUUGGGCUUUUGUGGAGGGGGUAACAGGAUGAUCUAAUGAUAACCGAUUUUUGCAACGGAGACUAUACACGUCUCUUGUUGGCCUGAUAGUUGUUUCUCUCAGGUAUUAUAAUAUUAGGAGGCAAAAGAAAAAAUAAACAAUGAUUUGUCAGGAGGGUAUUAGUGUAAGAAAAAGUUUAUAAUUCGACCAUCUAUUGGGGAUUAUGUGUUGUUCUAACUAGUACUAAUGAAUGAAUGAAUGUUAUAUAAGCUUUA